CACCGAGGAUACAUCCAAGUCCUUAGCGAUGACUCCUCCCUCGCUUCUCGUCUAACAGCUGGAGGAUGUUCAGAUCGGUUGCUGUAAAAAUCAGUUGCUGGGAGAAUAUCACCUCAACACGGUUGACUCUUAACAAAUUCGUUUACGAUGAUAACAUUUGUUAAAGAACGUUCAGAGACUGGUUUUAUUGCUGGCAGUGUGGAGGCAUACUACAUGAGUCUAUCUGAGCUGAAGCCCGGGUCACCUGGUCUGCAGCAUGGGGUGUGAGUGAAUGCCAGUGCGUCUCGGGGGGAACUGGAGACGGGCACUGGCGGGAUUAUGCUGACCUGUGCUGGACCUGUGGCUGACCCGCUCCCUCCCCAUGUGUCUGCUGCUCCAAAGCCUGGUCCUCAUGGCCCUGUGCUUUCACCCCGCCAGCAUGUGCCCGAAGGGCUGCGCCUGUGUCCACGGCAACGGCCUCAACGUCACCUGCAGUCACGCCCAGCUGAAAGAGAUACCCCUAGACCUGCCGCCGGACACCGCCCUGCUCUGGCUCGACCACAACCAGGUCACCACCAUCCCGGACCAGGUCUUCAAGGAGCUGCACCUCCUGCGGGAGCUCAACCUGUCCCACAACGCCAUCAGGACGCUGGGCGAGAACGCCUUCAAGGGCGUGGAGAGCACCCUGCUGGUGCUGGACCUGUCCCACAACAGGAUCACCACCGUGCAGAAGAGCGUCUUUGCGCUGCUGAAAGCCCGGAUCAACAUGGACAACAACCCGUGGCACUGUGACUGCACGCUCCAGCAGGUGCUCAAGGGCAUGGCGUACAACCACGAGUCUGCCAGCCGGCUGCUGUGCAAGAGCUCCGAGCUGCACGACCACGGGCCCCCGCGGCCCUUCCUAGCCAUUGACGCCGACCUCUGCAACCUGGCCAAGCGCACAACUGACUACGCCAUGCUGGUCACCAUGUUCGGCUGGUUCACCAUGGUCAUCUCCUAUGUGGUUUACUACGUGCGGCAGAACCAGGAGGAUGCUCGCCGGCACCUGGAGUACCUGAAAUCCCUCCCCAGUAAACAGAAGAAAUCAGAUGAGGGAGAUGACAUCAGUACUGUGGUAUGACAUGGCCUGGGAGUUAGAGUCAUGUCACUUGACUAAUGGUAUGAUGUCACGUAACCGCAAAGUCUUUCCUCAUAUUUAGGAUCGUGUCGCAUUAAAGGUAGAGUGAUUGCUUGUGAUUUGUUGCUAUGACACCACAUUCUCAUGCAGAAUGACUAUAGGCUCAGGCUAGAUUCAUCAAAAUUAGUCUUUAAGUAGACUCAAUUAAAUGCAAGAGUGAGUUUUUAUUUUGACUAACAGUUCAGUAAGCUCAGUGAUUACCCUCAUUUACUUGAUUAAACUGACCAAACUGAUUGCAGAGAAAUAAGUAUUGUUUGAAUAUGUUUUAAGUCAAAGUUAAAGUCAAAUAUUGAUUUAUUCCAGGCUUAAGGCUCAGGACACAACUGUUUGCACAAUCUGUAAAAUACCAUGCAAAAUAUUAGGGGAGAGGAACUCCAAAUAACUCAUAUUUUCAAGCUUGUUCUCCCAUCUGACAAGUGUUUGCAGAAUUUUGGUAGAGCUGAAAAAAUUGGAUAUUUCCACUGUAAAAGAAUCAUAUUGAUUUCAAAAUUUGAAUUGACUUGAUUCAAAAUCCAUUACUGUCAGUCAAAAGCAGAGGUAUAACUGAUAUGAAAGAUAUGAAAAUGGACAUUAAAUGUGAACAAAGGGAUUCUGUAUGUCAUGAUAAACUUUUGAAAAACAGAUAUUUGGCAUUUUUACAUUAAAAAUAACAUGAAGAACAUUAGGCAAAUAUUAAUGGAAAUUACUUAUUUUAGAAAGCUGUAGUGUUUUGGCUAUUGAGCAGACUGCUGUCCAUUCAUGAACCCAUGUCUCUAGAUCAAGGGUAGGGAAAUGAAACGUAACCAGGCCAGCAUGUAUGCCCGCUAAAAUCAGUGUCAUCCACACAGUGGCAGAGCUGUUGUAUGUAUGUUACAACAGUAAAAAAAUCUGAUUGUAUAUUGAUGUUAAUAUUCAUCACAAAAUGAUCAAAUCCCCUUGCUUGUAUUACCUAUAUUUAACUCUGCAUUUACAAGAGCAAUUCACUUUUACACUUGAGCAAGCAUUCGACCUAACAAUGCCAUCUUUUAUAAACCUAUACAUAUCAAUUAUUUUAAAUAGAAUUCUCCACAGUUUAGAAUUGCCAACUGUGCCUCUCACGUUACCGCUGUGCUACUUUUCACCCUGCACUAGGAAGUCUGCGCUAAUGCAUGAGCACUCGCCCACGGGCC